GUAAAUUUCGAGGAGGGUUCAAACUCCACAUUUUACAGCGUGGCUACGUGCCUGGUCCAUUUGUACUACUCUUUGUACAUUGACCGGCCAGAGUGCAAUUGAAAAUUAUUAUGUAUUGCGAGAUAACGCAAAUGCAUUGCAUAACUUUUUUUUCUUCUGUUAUUUUUUUUCUUCUUCUCAUGUCCCCUCAGCAGCUCGAAACCGAAACACAAUUUGGACCGGGUUUGCUAAGUCAGACAUAGUGUGCGAUGUUAGAGAAAGAUAAACAGGUCUUUGGAGCAUUUUCGGCUGAUUAUUAAAGCAGGCAUCGUUACGCAUCGUUAGCAGCGCCCUCGCCUCCAGGACACAAAGGGAGACCCCCCCUACCCCGAAUACACUGGGGUUAGCCCCUUACCCCGGGGGCGCGGGGUUCGACAGAUGCGCGCAUGCGCACACCUACGCGCUCCCUUUCGCCAAGCUGACGGGACGCUAGUAAAACCGUUUGUUCUGCGUCCAGCAUAAAGAUAGACGGUUGAAUGAAGCAGAUAUCAGAACCUGUUUGGGGGCGGUUUUAUAACACCGCCCUUUGUGUGGCAGUAAAAGGGCAUGAGACGUAUGCUAACACCCGUGUGAAAGUGUCGUUUGCUCCGACACCUUUAUGCAUUCGUAAUAGGCUACAGGCGAUUACAAUACCGUUAUUGAGGGCAUCUCCGAAUUAGGCCAUACGCUUUGUUAUCUGGCUGUUUUGGCUGUCCACGUUGUUUUAUAAACUUAUGAAUACGACACUUGUCCUUGUAUGCAGUUUAAAACAUUCUGAAACGAGCACAAGUUUCCUCACCUGGAAAAUUAACACAUUAUGACAUCCGGGCAAUCUCACCUUCAUUUUUCCUUAAGGCAGGGAGCCCAGUGGCUGUCUGUGCUGUACAGAGGUUACUUUUUCUUAAUUUUUUUUUUGCUUCCUCAUUAUUAAACCGUGACUUACUGCGUUAACGACCGCCCCCCACAGUGCUAACCGGCUCUCCUCCAGCUGCCUGCUCUUGGCCUCUGCGCUUCCUCCGCUGAACGUUUAAAGAUGUUCCAGUCCCUUCAGAAGCGGCUCCAGAACCGACUGGUGGAUCGCCGGACCCAGAAGAACCGCCUCGUGACGAAGGACGGCCACUGCAAUAUCGAGGUGGGAAACAUAGAAUACCACAGGCGUUUUAUCCUACUGGUGGACUUCUGGACCACGGUCGUGGAGAUCCGGUGGCGCUACGUCAUCUUCAACUAUGUCAUCACCUUCACUGGCACCUGGUUCGGCUUUGCCCUGAUUUGGUACUGGAUCGGCAAGAGCAACGGGGACCUGUUGCAUCAGAAUCCACCGAUGAACCACACGCCUUGCGUACGCAACGUAUAUGGGCUCACCACGGCUUUUCUGUAUUCGUUAGAAACCCAGACCACCAUCGGGUAUGGGAGCCGGUACAUCACAGGCGUCUGCCCCAGCUCCGUGGCCCUCCUCAUCAUACAGACCCUCGUGGGCACCAUUCUCAACUGCUUCAUGUGCAGCAUCAUCCUGGCCAAGAUGGCACUGCCCAAGAAGAGGGCGAAGAGCAUCACCUUCAGCGAGACGGCUGUCAUCUGUCUGAAGAAUGGCAGCCUGUGCCUCCUCAUCCGAGUGGCUAACUUGCGCAAGACCUUGCUGAUUGGAAGCCAGAUAUAUGGCAAGCUUCUGAAGACAAUUGUCACAUCGGAUGGGGAAACGGUCAUUCUGGAUCAGACCAACAUCAGCUUUGUGGUGGACGCUGGUAAGGACAACCUGUUCUUCGUCUGCCCCUUGACGCUGUACCACGUCAUUGACAAUACCAGUCCCUUCUUCGAGUUGGCCAUGGACACCCUGCACCAGCAGGAGUUUGAGCUAGUGGUCUUCCUGGACGGCGUGGCAGAAUCCACAAGCGCCUCUUGCCAGGUGAGGACCUCCUACAUCCCACGCGAGAUCAAGUGGGGCUACAGUUUCCUGCCUGUAAUUUCCCGGACCAAGGAAGGCAAGUAUUGCGUGGACUUCUCCAAUUUUGCCAAGAUCGUGCCAGUGACCACCCCUCACUGUGCCCAGUGCUUCCACAACGAGAAGGCACACAACCACCGACACACCAAGACAGGCAUCGACAACCCUGCCUUUGAGGUGAUAGAUAUCCACGAUCCAAUGGACUUCACCAAAAUGUGAGCCAGGCGGAUGCCAAGCCUUGGCUCUGGUUUUCUGUACACAUGUAUGGGAGCAUAAACCCUUUUGGACAAACCUAAGCAGCUAUGGCUAUUGCAGGUGAGCCUCAAAGGAAGUAGUGACCACAAGUCUCCAAAGGCUUCAACCACUGGGUGGUGCCACCUGGACCCUCUGAGCAGGAGCACUGUGAAGGGAGGGAGGGAGUUAGGACGAUUCCAAGACCCCCUGAGUGAUAGGGGCUGUAAACAUUUUUGUAACAUAAUGGGAUUGAUCUGGGUUGGGGGUCCACUGUGAUUUGCUUCGAUGAGGCUCUGAAUCCCUAGCGGCACUCCUGCCUCUGGACAUGCGACGACUGAAGUCACACGACUAAAACUUAAGUUGAAUGGGGGCAGGAUCAAAAUCGCGAAUGCUCGUGUUUGACGACAUGCAUCUUCUGCCAAGGAUUCGAGCUCGACUUCGAUGCAGAAGUAGCAGGACACCUGUCAAGAUGGAGAAGAAACCUGCUGCUGUUCACACUUUAGAGAGAUCUCCUGGAGAACACUUUAACGCACACAGAACGAUAAGGUAGCAGUAAGACUGCCACCAUUCAUGACUGUAAAGUUAUAGAAAAUGGAAUAUACAGCUAUUUAAGACAAUUUGUUGAUGUGUUUUUCUCAGCACUAAAUGCCAGAGUUUUGGAAAAUUCCCUCGGCACCUUAAACUCACGUCCUAACACUGCAGUAGCUUUGGACCCGUUACUUCUGUGUAUUACAUGAGAAAGAGGCUGUAUUACGGGUCCACAAGAGGGGAUUAUGAUCUAAGUCGAUUUUAAUUAAAUAUUUAACGUCUGAAGGAGUAGCAGGAUUUGUGUGUGUGUGUGUGUGUGUGUGUGUGUCUGUGUGUUUUAUAGCCUCUGAAUAACACAGCUCAUGUAAAGUCUGAGUAUGUAUUUUGUUAACUUGAACACUGGCAUUGACAGGAAGUCAAGAUCCCUGCAAAGCAGGAAGUAGUUAUAUAUUUUCUCAGGGGAAGAAAUGACUGAAAUAAUGUCAGGUCACAAUAAAGAUAUUUGUCACACA